UUUAUCACGUUAGCUCGGUUAGUUAGCUAGCCGCGAAAACCUUGUCUGUGUACCCUGCGUUUUACACUUUUAUUCUUAAAAGCACUGAGAGGACAUUCCGCGUUUCUUUUGGGAUUAGUGUCUCCUCGCGCCUGUACGAACGGAUAAUCGCCGGACCCCGUGUUUGCACGAAUCCCAACGAUGAGUUAUGCUGAAAAGCCAGAAGACAUCACAAAAGAAGAAUGGAUGGACAAAUUAAACAAUGUUCACAUACAGAGGGCGGACAUGAAUCGGCUCAUUAUGAAUUACCUGGUGACAGAGGGUUUCAAAGAAGCUGCAGAGAAAUUUCGGAUGGAGUCUGGGAUCGAGCCAAGCGUGGACCUGGACUCUUUGGAUGAAAGGAUAAAGAUUAGAGAGAUGAUCCUGAAGGGACAGAUACAGGAAGCUAUUGCACUCAUCAACAGCCUACACCCAGAGCUGCUGGACACCAAUCGAUACUUGUAUUUUCAUCUGCAGCAGCAACAUUUGAUUGAGUUAAUCAGGCUAAGGGAGACUGAGUCAGCGCUGGAGUUUGCCCAGACACAGUUGGCUGAGCAGGGAGAGGAGAGCCGCGACUGUCUGACAGAGAUGGAGAGAACACUAGCCCUUCUGGCCUUUGACAACCCAGAAGAGUCGCCCUUUGGGGACCUGCUCAAUAUGAUGCAGCGGCAAAAGGUGUGGAGUGAGGUGAACCAAGCUGUGCUGGACUAUGAAAACAGGGAGUCAACGCCCAAACUGGCUAAACUCCUGAAGUUACUGCUGUGGGCACAGAAUGAGCUGGACCAGAAGAAGGUGAAAUAUCCCAAAAUGACUGACCUUAGCUCGGGCACCAUCGAGGACCCCAAGUGAACAGAACAGACAAGAACAACCACCUUCCACAUCCCCUUAAUUUAUGAUCAGUCAGUGACUGUGUGACAACCAGGUAACAUAUAUGUAUAAACAAAUGCUACAUUGUUAGUUUUUUUCAUGUUUCAUUCAUGAGAGAUAAAACGUAACUUUUUGUUCAAACUGUAAAUUGCUGUAUUUGCAAAUUGACGGAAAUUAUAUAAGUACUGAUCCUGGAUUUUUAGAUCUUGGAGACGACAAAAUUAAAAUUGCUGUUUUAUAUUUUGUCUUUCUAAAGCUUAAGCCGAUAGUAUUAUUCAUUGUAACCAUUCUCCCCACCAAGACUUCAUUUUGAGAGAGCGAGAGAAUAAAAUAAAUGAACAUGUUAAAUACUUUGGCGCGUAGAGCCAAAUUCUGGUCUCCCCAGAGUGAGAGGGGGGUAAACUGGUUUAAACAAGAGUCUAGAUAGUUUCAAAUCAGAACUAAGUUCAAAAUUGAAAUUUCGUACACAAAAUGUGAGUAUUUUUCAAUUUUUAAAUGGAAAGCUACGCAAAUUAAUGUAAUAUAGUUUUAAAUAUUAUAAUAUUUUAUGAUUUAUGUCACAAAGCAAGAGUCUAGAUGGUUUCAAAUCAGAACUAACUUCAAAAUUCAAAUGUCGUACACGAAAUGUGAGUAUUUUUCAAUUUAAAUGGAAAGAUACGCAAAUUAAUGUAAUAUAGUUUUAUUAUUAUACUAUGUUGUGAUUUAUUUUACCUUUUACAAUAUGUCUAUAGGGUGAACUGCCUUGCAAAACGAUAAUGUUGUGUGUGUGUUGAGAGACUGAUAACCGUCCUGACUUGAAAUCAGUGAUGGCUUCCGUACUGAGGUUUAGCGCCCUCGGCCUUUUCUGAGCCGACAGCGUGCGACAUGCUCCAAAUGAAAGUGUUUGUUUGGUUUCAUGUUACAAGAGAUUACAAUAAUGUUCAAGCAAUGCCAUUGAUGGAGGAUUUAUAUGUAGCUUGAGAGGAAGGGCUGCUCCGAUCAAGAGAUGCUAAUGAGUAAUGGUGCCAAUGACCACUUUGUAGGAUGAAAACUCUCAUUCUCUAUUCAUACUGAAACUGAUGAAUUAUUUUUAUUUUGUUUUUGUUUUAAAUAAUUAAUGAGCAAAUGCAUUGACAUUUUGAAUCUGAACAGGCAUUUUGAAAAAGUCGCAGAACUUGUCAUUCAUUUUGCCACUUUUAAAGCCGUUAAUAUUUUUUACUUUGACUGCACGUAAAUGUAUUUUCUUUUUCAAUGGGGAAAUGCUCUUGCGCUUGUUU